AGCUGCAGGGUUAGGGUAAAGAGAGGCAGUGUGUGAGGACUGUAGAGCAUAUGAACAGAGAUAGGAGCUGUGGACUCACAGGACUAUACUAUAGACACUACUGACUACUGGAGUCUAUACUACAGGACCACGGACAAACUACUGAAGCUAGUGGGCUGUUGACCUGAAACGGAAACUGAACAGCAUCAUGCACUGUGCUACCUAUCCCGUCUCUGUAGGGACCACCAGCAAUAACCCGAUGUAUUGCUACAAUGUCAAAUCGGUCUAUACUCAAUCUCCAAAUCAUGAAGACCUCCUCAGCCCUGACUCAUCCUCACACCCCUCCUCUAAAGCUCCAGGCAACGUCUUCACGGGAACCUUUUUCAGUGAGCGACAGGGGAACAACAGUUCACCUGACAUGUGGAACUCCAAUGGAAUGAACCAGCCUGGCUAUGGAGGCAUGGUGGGAGGGGCCUCAGCUCACCAAUCAGGAAGCUACAACAACAUGCAACCAGUACAUAAUCACCUGGACUAUUCUCCCCAUUCAGUCUCACCUGUAGAGGUGAACAGGGGUCUUCCUCCUAUGUCUACCUUCCACCGUAACAACCCUGCUGCAUCUCACACCCCGUCGGCCACCAGCUCAGAGAACACCACAGGAAACCAGUCUACAGGAAGGUCACAGACUGGAGCAGCCCUGGGGAAAGCACUAGCUUCUAUUUAUUCUCCUGACCACACCAGUAGCAGUGAAAACUCCUCCACACCAGACAGGUCUCCAUCUCCAUCUCCACACACAGGCUCUGGCCCCCCAGCUUACCCGUGGCACACGUCUGCUCAGACCUCUGUCUCCCCCAGUUACCAGUGUUCUCCUAUAUCUCUGUCUCAGUUGGAGGAUCGUCUAGAUAGACUGGAUGAUGUGAUCUAUGUUCUGCAUAACCAUACGGUGGGACCCAUCCCCAGCCUGCCCUCUGACAUCCACAGCCUGUUGAACCAGGCCAACCAUGGACAGAUCCACAACACCCCACUACCAGGGACACACCAUAGACACAGACCCACCACGGCACAUGGCACAGCCAUGGUAGACACUGUCCAUCUGAACAACAACUCCCACCCUGCACUGCAGAGACGUUCACAGAAUCAAAAUGGCCACUCCUUCCCGGCAGGACUAGGUGGCUUGGAGCUGAAGUUGGAGGGUCUGGAGAGAGAUGAGCAGUAUGAGCUACAUCACAGCCAUCACAACCAGGGUCACAGACACAGACACAGACACAGCUCUGACAGCCACAGCCAGCGCUCCGAUGAGGAGAGCGAGUCCCACAAGACACAAGGAGACAGCAUGACCAGCAGCAUCCAUGAAGAUGAGGACAACCUGAGCCCGGAGCAGAAGGCUGAGCGGGAACGAGAGCGGCGGAUGGCCAACAACGCCCGCGAGCGCCUGAGGGUCCGUGACAUCAACGAAGCGUUCAAGGAGUUGGGUCACAUGACACAGCUGCACCUGAAGAGCGAGAAGCCGCAGACCAAGCUGCUGGUUCUUCACCAGGCCGUGGCUGUAAUACUUAGUCUAGAACAACAAGUCAGAGAGCGUAACCUGAACCCCAAGGCAGCCUGUGUGAGGAGGAGGGAGCAGGAGAAGAUGUCAGCUGGGUUAACAGAUGCCCAGGGCCUGCAGCAACACCAGGCAUCACUACAUCCUGGACUAGAUGCAUCUAACCCCAUGGGACAUCUAUAAACAUUUGACAGUGUGGAGGAGGAUCAUCCUGAGACGGUUAAAGACCAUCCAAGUCCAUCCAAGACCAUCCAUCCAAGACCAUCCAAGGCCAUCCAAGACCAUCCAAGACCAUCCAAGA